GGGGUGAGAGCGCAAGAGAGAGAGAAAAACUAAAGAAAACAAGAGAGACAGAUGAAAAGCCCAGAGCUAUGAUUUCCCUCCUUGCUGUUUUUCCAAACAGCGAAUCACAGACAAAACCGUGUCGCUAGCCGGACCCUCUCCCAGUCUGCACCUUAAUGUGCAGCAGGACCGAGAGUUUACACUGUCGCUUUGUUGCUGAUGCCACCGAGGCUUAGAGGACAAAGACAGAACUCUGAAGGGGAAUUUUUGGACCAUUUCUGCACAACGUCAACAAUAAAAUCCAAAAGAGAAUCUGAUACCGAGAGCCUUCACCGAGUACCAAUUCGCUCCACAACAAUGCCAGAAUCCCAAAGAAGCAUCUCGGUUUCUUUGCUGUUGGCAUUGCCGGUCAUCCUGGAGGUCGGCAGGGUCCGAGCGUGUCGGCUCGGCUCCGCCACAGAGUGCGAGAAAGCCCCCUUCGUGCCCGGCUACAACCUCGCCGGGGAGGGUUUCGACGUGGUCCGGAUGCGUCGGACUGGGGCUUAUGUCAUUAAUGUCAAGGGUCAUCUGGCUGACAACAACACGUGCACACUGUGUCCAAAUCGCUUCCACAAAGGACAGAUUCAGAAGCUCCCAAGUUCUGUGCUUGACUGGCGACCCUUCAGCCGUUGCAGCAAGGAGCUUUCUAGUGCCCUCCACCACUCGGUGGACUCCCUGCUGCGCAGCUCCAGCUCGUUAGUGAACAACAACUGGGGCGUGGGUCUGAGCCUCGAUCAGAUCGGCAAGGUCGUGCUGGGAGGGAGCCGCUCGGACUUGGCCAAGUUCGCUCGCUCGCAGCACAACGUGGACAGGGCCACCUUUGCCAUACACGAAAUCACUUGCACCUACUACAGCUACAGGCUGGCUGACCACCCCCAGCUGAGCGCAGCGUUCACAAAGCAUCUGAAAGGACUCCCGCGGAACACGAUUACAAGCCAAAGCAGAGCGCUGUACAGACGGCUGAUCGACACAUACGGAACACAUUACAUCCACCAGGUUCAACUUGGUGGUAAAGUGAGACGGAUCACAGCCUUCCGGACUUGCUUGGCCACACUCAAGGGCUUUUCAGAGGCAGAGAUCAAAAAGUGCCUGAAUGCCGAACUCCGGAUGGCCUUGGGUUUCCUCCCUGCCAAUGCAUCCUACUCCAACAAGUGCGACAUGCUCAUGAAGGGCAAUAUGAGCAUGGGCUUCUAUCAGGGCUUCAUGACCCAUAAGAUUGAGGUCACUGGAGGGGAGAAAUACUUUCCAGACAUUCUUUACCAGCAGGACCCUUCUGACGCCUACCACAGCUGGAUGAACAGCCUUCAAGACAACCCGGACGUGGUUUCCUACGCCAUUUUCCCCCUGCACCAUCUGGUGGAGGACUCUCAAAUCAGCGCUAAUCUGAGGGCAAUCAUUUCAGAGUACAUUCAAGAGAACAAGCUUCAGGGAGACCAGCUGGGUCUCAAGAACUGCUCCCCAACCCCCAACCUGGACCACAACUGCUGUCCGCUGCGGGCAGGCCGCGGCGCUCUCAAACUGGAGAUCCACCGAGCCGCCAGUCUCAAGGCUGAUACCUUCACCAAAACAGACGCCUACGUGAAGAUCUUCUACAACGGCAUCUACGAGGAGACGGCUACAGUGUUGGACGACGACAACCCAGUUUGGAAUGCAACCUAUUACUUCGGUUCGGUAGAGGUGGGGCAGGAGUUGAGAUUUGAAGUCUGGGACAGAGACGUCCUUUACAACGACCAAGCAGGUGUUUGUAUCAUCUUUCCCGAGCGGGGAACUCAUUCUCUGAGUUGUCAGUUGAGGAAAGGAGUCCUCUACUUUUCAUACAGCAUCAAGUGCGAUGCUCACUUGUCGGGCUUCAGGUGUGGACGGUACUCCCCAACUGCCGAGUAGUUCCGGUUUCAUCGGGUCUUACUGUUGAGUUGAUGGUCGUAUGUUCUUUAAUUAGAACUGAGAUUUUCCUCGAAACAGUCGGCAUGAUAACCCACCAAGCAACAUCGUUUUGCAGAAAAGUGUGAUCAGUUUUUUUGACACUCGGUCGCGUCUAAGUUACUAGUUCUUCUUUUCGUUUCGGAUUGUCCCGUUAGGGGUCGCCACAGCGCGUCAUCUUUUUCCAUCUAAGCCCAUCUCGUGCAUCCUCCUAUCUAACACCCACUGUCCUCAUGCCAUCCCUCACAACAUCCAUCAACCUUUUCUUUGGUCUUCCUCUCGCUCUUUUGCCUGGAAGCUCCAUCCUCAGCAGCCUUCUACCAAUAUACUCAUUCCCUCGCCUCCGGACAUGUCCAAACCACUGAAGUCUGCUCUCUCGACCCUUGUUUCCAAAACAUCCAACUUUGGGUGUCCCUCUAAUGAGCUCAUUUCUAAUCCUAUCCAACCAGCUCACUUCAAGCGAGAACCUCAACAUCUUCAUUUCGGCCACCUCCAGUUCUGCUUCCUUGUUGUCUCUCCAGUGCCACCGUCUCUGAUCCGUACAUCAUGGCCGACCUCACCACUGUUUUAUAAACUUUGCCCUUCAACCUAGCAGAGACUCUUCUGUCACAGGAUUUGUCCAAGUGGUAGAGUCCAAGUUACUGAGUAAAACAAACACUACAAUGCUCAUCUAUAGAAGCAACCACAUCACUUCCCUUUCAUACCGUCUACUUUAGACUUUGACUUUAUCAUCCUAUAGUGGCUCGAUGUUAUGAUCUAGAUUUUUUGGUGAUCAGUUUGGCCUCCAAGUCAAUAUAUUUUAUGUGCAAUAAAUCUUAAAAUGGCAAGUCCAUCUUCCGAGACUGAAAGAAAUGACAUAAAUCGGCCAGGGAUAUUUAUAUUCUCCUCAAAAUUCUCAAUAAAGCAACUCUGAACAGGAUCCUGAUGCUCAUUUACAUGAAAUUCCCCUCAGACUACACAUUAUAGAAACCUAACCUCAGAGAGUAAGUAUGGUCCUGGUUUGUACAAACAUUUCAGGUUUGUUGUUCCAAAUCACCAUGUUAUUUACGCAAACAUGUUUGUCUUUAUUUAAGGUAAUCAAUUCAAAAUGACACAAAAAAAAGAACACAAAUAUGCAUAUGACAUUUUCAAAUGCUGUAAAAGGUACCAUGAACCUUUAUAACAUAUUAAGAACACAUACAUAACAAGGAUGUAGCAGCUGUUUCCACGACUCAUCACCACCUCCAAAGCUUCAGAAAUAUGCCUAACAAAGGCAACGAUAAAAUUGAGUGCAUAAUCUAUUGGGAUAAUUUUGCUCUUUUCAAUUUUGCCAUGGAAGGUAACAAGACAUUUUUUCUUCCUUUUAGGAACUAUUUGGGUGACUUUGAAGAAAGUACCAAUUCUUUUGUUUAGAAAACUAUUAUAGAAUGGGCGAUGACUGUGUAGAAAAGAAUGGAAUGGCGACCCACGCCAGUGGACAUCUUAGGGUAUUCAAAAAAAAAAAAAAACGUUAUGUUUGCUGAAA